AUGCUGCCCCAGAGGGAGGCGUGGCACACGAGACAGCAACAGCAGCUUCUCUGCGCGUCUACCUCCGCUUUGGCGAAUACUCCGCCGCGCAGCAAGCAGCCCUAGACCUGCGCUCUGUCACUUGUACGGCAGAGUAAGACUCUUUUCCGGUCCCCCAUCCUGCCCUAACCGGAAGCAUGUCCUGUUCCCCGCUGGCUCCCUUAGCGUUUCUAGAAGAAGCGUGUGCUCUCGCUAUCCGGUCCCCCUUUGGCGGACACGUCGGAAGCUGUGCCGCGCGCUAAAGCGUCCGCCGGAGCGGCGGCUUUUGAUCCGAGGAGAAUGGGACCGACGUGGCUGGCUUCUGGAGGCGGAGCCGAGGCUGAAGAGGCGGGGGGAGUCCCGAGCGGAGACGCAGCUGGAUGGCAGGGGCAGCCCGGAGCUCCCCGGUGUCGCACGGUAACGAACCAGCCCCUGAGCUGCCCCUGGGUGGGAAGCACCCCUGCCCUCCAUCCCGCGGGUCGAGGGAGCCCAACUUUUCCGGGGCGGCUGAGGCAGAGAGGCGGGCGGAGCGCGGCCGGGGCUUAGAGCGGGAUGGAAGAGGCGAGGGCAGAGGAGGCGCAAGUGGUACCCUGUGCCCGGGCAGCAAUAGGAAAAGAAAGAGCACCCCGGGAUUGAAGUGCGUAUGUGGAGGGGUAUCCUUCAUAGACCAGGUGGGUUACUUGAUGCCUCGGGGGAACUCGGCUCUUCGUCCCCCAAGUCCUUUAAUCAUUUGCUGACAGAUGUUGCAUUUAGCUUCGUUGUCUCUGCCGUUAAUUAUAGCCUGAUCCUUCACUUUCUUCCUUUUUUCAAAGUGCUGCGCUUUUGAGAUCUUGUGAUUGUGUGUUUCCUAGACUCGGUAUGGUUUGUUGAGAGAAGGGGUUUCCUUUUAUCGGCUUCCGAGAAGUGGGUGAUACUAGGAGAAUGUAGCGCUCUUUUCUCCCAAGGAGCAAGAGCCGCCUCGUAAUUUUGUUUUCAGAAGGUAAAUAACCAUAAUAUAGAGUUCUGAUCCAUACGGCACGCAGACCAUAUCGAUGUGCUUAAUGAGCCUUGCACGUACCCCAUCGCUUUUCACUUCUCCGCUCCUCCACCAGUUUUCCUUCCAGCAGAAGUCGCCGCUGAAUAGACUCUGCAUGUUUACUCCGAAGCUAUUUUAAUGAGGUUUACUCCCAAGGCAACUCUGCUUAGAACAAUUUCUUAGAUAAUGUCCCAUUGUGCCUCUUAAUAAAUAGACACGUGUUUUAAUAAAGGAACAUCUGUGGUGACAGCUUUAGCAUAUUAGCUGGCCCACUCAAACUGUAGCUUCCACUUCAGACAAAUUAUAAUGGGAGAUGAGGAGAGAAGAAUUUCAAAGGCAAAAUAAUGGCUUGGUACAUAGAGGAACCUGCACUGGGGAUGAAUGGAAGUGUAUUCUAUCUGGUAGAAGUUUUAUGUCUUUCCACCCAGAAUUGGGUCUUGUAAGAGUUAGGAUACUUCUUAUAGGCAGAAACAAGUGUGUCUUGUGGCAUCUUAAAUACAGACACUUUUACAGUGUCAGCCUUUGCAAGUCUACUCAGAAGUAAAUCCCACUGAGUUCAACAAGACUGAUUUGCAGCCAAGUACAUGUGGUAUUGUAGGCUUUCUGAUAAUAAUAGGGAUCAGGAACUGUGGCCUUCCUGAUCUUGAUGGACUCCAACUCCUAUCAGCCCUAGCCAGUAUGGCCAAUGGUCAGGGAUGAAGGAAGCUGUAGUCCAACAACUUAUCCACCCAUGUAUAAACUUUUGUGACCUGGAGUUCUCUUCACCAGAUGCAUAAUGUAUUAUCCUCAACUGACAGAUAAAAUAUAUACAUAAAUAUGUAGAGGAGGGAGGGUGGAAUGUAAAAAGUGGGAUCAAAGGGCUGUGAAAUGCAAAAAGCUUCUGACAAAGUCUGUUAAAGCUCAAAUGCAUGUAAAAUGAGCACAGUGAUCCAUUCACAACAGUAGUUAUGGGUGCUAACCCAAUCAUCCUAGCUGUGCUAAGUUAAUUACCUAUAAUAGGAUAGGAAACUGGAAUGGGCAGAUUUGGUCUGGUGCAGAGUAGUUACUGUGUCACAAGUAGUUUAUGGAAUGUCAUACAGAAGGCAUGACCCACUGUACUUCAUUGUGACCUUACAGAAGUUUUUAGAAGCACAGUGGAACAUCUGCAUUGAGGCUAAGUAAGGACACAUGCCGCUCAAAGAUCUGUGAUUAGCUGUAUCUUCACUGGUGAAUGGUGGACCCAUGCAGUGGAACUGUUUUAAAUUAUGAAGGACUCAUGACUUGAUCCUCUUUCAACCAGGAGCAAGUUCACCUGUCAUUUGCCUCGUUAUGUUCUUACUCUCUUAGUGACUGCUGGUGUGGUGAUUUGAUAAUUGCUUCUCUUUAGGGUGAAGGUGGGGCAUCAAUGAAGUUUAUGCAGCUAUGAAUAGUGUUGACAAACCUCACAGAAACUUUUUUCCUCCUCCAUCAUAAUGUUAGGAUUUGGGUCCUCCCAUGAACUUUUUUAGGUUCAGGACAGGCGCCAUAAAGCACUUCUUCACACAGUGUGUAAUCACUUGAUAGGAUUCACUGCUACAGCUUGUGAUGAUGUCCCUUGACUGAGAUGGCCCUAAAAGGGGGUUAGAGAAAUUAAUGGACAACGCUGUUAGCAAAAUAAGGUGCAAAAGAAGAAGAAAAAGAAGAAGAAGAAAAAUGAUCAAAGAACAGUUUGGAGAAAGGGGGCAUCUUCUCCUCCUUUAGAGGUUGUUGAAUAGGUGCAGAACAUAUCCCCCCAUGAAUUGCUAGCUGCACUUCUGUUCAUAAGAUGAGUUCAUAGAUGAUGUCUCCACUUGCUGAAAAAUUCCACACUAAUAAUAGUCAAGCCUGUAUGUUGCUGUGACUUUGUGAAAGUGGAGGGAAAACGCAUAAUGUGGUAUUGCAUGCAGAAACCACCUUCCCCUCAGCUUUCAUUUAAGUUACUGGUCCUUAUGGCUACAAAAAAUGUUUCAGAUUGUUUAGCCUGUUGAAAUAUCAGAAGUCAGAGAGCUGGAUGAAUAAGGCUUCCAGUGGCUGCGUUUCAGUGACCUGCAGAACCAGAAUAAAUUAUGCAGAAGAAGAAGUAUUGAAAAAUAAAUUAGGCAAAGUAAGAAAGAUAGUUCUGCUUUUCUUGGUGCAGAAUUGCUUGGGAUAUUGAAUUUUAUUUUUAUUUUUUAGCACAGAGUCCACACAGUCCUACCUGUGACUGACUCAUGCUCCUGGUAGGCUUAAAUUAGGUGCUUUUUGAGAAUUCCAUGAUGGCUCUUGAAGUAGCAUGUUGGGCAAGCCCAUCACUCCCAUGGACUCACUGGAUGGAGAAAUCAAACUUGUUUUUCCAAUUUUGUCUCUUGUAGAAUGGGAACAAUGCCCUACCUCACAAGGCAGUUGUAUACUCUAAUAUGAUCUGGAGCACUUUGCAAAAUUAGAAGUGGCAUAAAAACAUGUCAACAGCUGUAAUGUUUCUUCCAGUUCAGAUAUGUAUGUUCUUUGACAGGAGUUUGUCUCUGCAGGCAUAGAAGUUUGUUUAUUUAACAGAGCUCUAUCAUGGAACCCUGACAUGGGAACGAGGCUCCCAGGCAAACUUACAUCCAGCCACAGACUAGACCUAGGCCUGCUUCCAGCAUCAGGCUAGGCUUUGGUUCUGAAUGGGUCACUCCAGGGUGAGUGGGUUGCUUCAAACCCCACAGUGGCAGAAUUGGUGCGGCUGGAGCUGUGAAGCCUUGUAGCUGUUGGCAGAAGGUCAGGAUUUCCAGUAGGAUUCCAGGCGUUUACUGCUGCUGCUGCUGGACUCGUAAAAGGGUCUGGAAGAGAGUUUGUUUGUUGCUGUUUCUGUUGCGGGGGAAUAGGAUGACAUUUUGUCUGGGCUCUCUGGCAUAAUUAGAGAUGAGCCUUGGGCUUUCAGAGGAAUAUGCCUGAAUAUAUAUAUUUUAAGAGUGGCAUGGUGGUAGGAUACAAGACUGGAAAAAUGCUGGAACAGUGUGGUCAGCAGAAGGGUAAAGCUGCUGGCUGUCAGGGGAGGAGGCAGGAGCAGAAGAAACUCUUGACCGCUGCACAGAGCUUGCUGUGGGGAGAGCUGAGCUGGAUUUUCCAGGUGCAUUGGAUAAAGGCCAUUUCUAGAAUAGACUGGAAAUCUCUUGCAAGGGAGACUAAGCAGUUUCAGAAAUUUCUCAAGUAAACAUUCUGGUCUAUUUCCCUUUUCCGUUUCUCUCUUUCUCUUGGUGUAGGCUUAUAUUUCAAGUGGCAUUGGCUAUCGAGUCUGCCAUCCAAGAGAAUGGAGUGGGUGUAGGUCUCCUGUCUAGAGAGGCAUGCAGACUUUUCACAGUGUUAAUAACAUAAUCCUAAGCAUGCUUAACCAGAAGUGUUUUUCAGAUAGCAACCCCAAUCAUCUACAUGUGCCAUAUGAAAAGGCUUUUUUGUGUUUCUUGUUGUCUGGUUUUGGGUUUCUUUCCUGCAGCAUCUCAUUCUGAAUUGGAAAAAAAAAAAAUCUUACGUAUAUCAAUCAUCCUCCAGUUGCUAUUUCAGGAGCUCCUCGCAAUUUAGAUAAUCCUCCAGGGAACACAGUUAUUCACUAGCAAGCAGAGUCUCCUCUCCUCUGGGACAAUUCCCACUUCUAAUACCCCCACAUGGAAUGUGCUCUGAGUCAAGGUUCUACUUUUAAAAAAAUUGUGCAGGUCAUGACUUCAAUCCUGUUCGCUGGGAAUUAUGAAAGGGUCACUAGGCCAGAUGUGUUUUGCAUUAAAGCUAUUUCCCCAAGUUACCAAGGGCUGGAGUUUUUUUUUUUUAAGAAUAAAUAAAUAAUGGGGAUUUCUUAGGACUCUCUCUCUCUCUCUCUCUCUCUCUCUCUCUCACACACACACACACACACACACACACACACAAACAUAGGUUUUUUUAAUACUUGAUGGCUCAUAGUUGGAUAUGGGAAUUUACUCAGUUGAAAAAUAUUGAGUUUUAGUUGUUGUGAGAGGUUAUGGAACUUCUGACCAUGGUGCCUGACCUGUGAUGGUUCAAUCCCACAAACACAUUGCCUCUUUAUGUUACUAAUGUGACAUGUUGCAAUUGCAGGAGAGGAGAGAUGCAGAAUUUUUUGUGCUGGCCCUCAUCACUCAAGCUCUGGAGGAAUGUUGCCAAAAAUGCCCCCUCCCCACUUCCAUGGCAAAUGCUCGCUCUCUCUGUCAUAAUAUGUAGAACUAUUUGCUCCCCUGGCUUCAUGUUCAUUGUUUCUGCUAGGAAGGUUUGGAGGCUCACAAUAUGAUAAUGGAGUUCCAGGCAGAAGCAGGUGGCAUCCUUGGGUACCACCCCACUCCAGGAAAGGGUCCACUGCCAUGCUCUGAAGCUCUGAAUGCUCUGAGCUCUGAAUGCUCUGAAGAUGCUGGUCCAUCUACUUUCCUUUGGUGCCUGUUCAUCGGUCCUCUCCAAGUGGGCAAGCAAUGAUGAGUUAGGAAAUGGAACAACACCCUCCACUUCCCUUGCACAUCACUGUCCGUACCUUGGAGGCUGUUUAGUUUGCACACAGAGGGAGAGUGAGUGGGCAGCGGUACCUUGGAGAAGUGGAAAGGGGAUCCAUUGAGGAUCACCUAAAACCUGUUACUAUAUAUGGUUGCUGGUUUGGAGAUCACUUGCGUUUGGGUGGUAACCUCAUGGCAAGUGUAAUAAUAAUAAUAAUAAUUUAAUAAUAAUUUUAUUAUUUAUAUGCCACCCAUCUGACUGGGUUGCCUUAGCCACUCUGGGGGGCUUCCAGCAAAAUCUAAAGGUAAAGGGACCCCUGACCAUUAGGUCCAGUCGUGGCUGACUCUGGGGUUGUGGCGCUCAUCUCGCUUUAUUGGCCAAGGGAGCCGGUGUACAGCUUCCGAGUCUUGUGGCUGGCAUGACUAAGCCACUUCUGGCGAACCAGAGCAGUGCACGGAAACGCUGUUUACCUUCCCGCCGGAGCGGUACCUAUUUAUCUACUUGCACUUUGACGUGCUUUCAAACUGCUAGGUUGGCAGGAGCAGGGACCGAGCAACGGGAGCUCACUCCGUCGCAGGGAUUCGAACUGCUGACCUUCUGAUCGGCAAGCCCUAGGCUCUGUGGUUUAACCCACAGCGCCACCCACGUCCCUCCAGCAAAAUAUAAAACACCAUAAAACCUGUACGCUGGCUCAGAGUUACUAACAGUCACUAGGCAAACACCUAGGGAAGAGCUGAGGAAUCUGUGGGCCCUCCUGAUGUUGUUGGACUCUAUUUCCCAUCAGCCCCAGCCAGCAUGGCUGGUGGUCAGGGAUGAGAAUUUUAGUUCAACAUCAUCUGGAGAGCCAUAGGUUCCUUAUUCCCAUACUUGCCACUUGAGAAUGUAAGAACCGAUUGGCUGCAUUUGACCUAGUUCUGCACUUUUUCUGCUGGCCAGAUGCUUGUGGAAAACUCAUAAGCAGGCCCUGAACAUAACAGAAAUAUUGCGAUAGUUGGCUUUAACAUCUGAUGAUCCAGUACACUCCCUUUGAAAAUGGAACUUCCUUUGGAGCUGUAAUGGGAAAUGGCCAUUGAUCAACAUCUUCUGCCAUGAAUUGGUUAAAUCCUUUUAUAAAUAGGCAUCUUCCCUAGAGGAGCUGUGGUAGUUAAAAAUAAUGCUUCCUUGUUCCGUUUUAUUGCUAAACAAGAAGUGUGUGUGUGUGUGACAGGGGAAAUAUUCCCCGGGAGGAAAAAGGCUCUGAUGGUUUGGAGGGAAUCCUGCAGGAAACUUGAGUAGUGCAGAGUGUGUUCCCCACAUGAGCUUUGCUUUCUUUCACCCAUAUGUUGUGCAGUGAGCAGGGGGCUUCUGUGGGCUGAGCAUCUGGUGCUGCACGGUUUGCAGAAAGCAGGUGUGCUGACUUUAGGGAAAAUGUGGUUGAUUAGGUUUGGCCUCUGGCAUUUGGGCUCGAAAGACGCUUGUCUCAACUGCUGGAGAGCUGCAUCCAGUCAAUACUGAGCUUGAUGGACCUGUAUAAGACAGCUUCCUAUGUUCUUAGGGGGACAACAGAUGACUCAAAGCACCACAUGCAGGUUCAACCUAGGAUGACUCAGGGAAGGAAUUUCGGGAGGCAUUUUGAUACCUCACAUGUCUCAGAUGUGUUGGCCCCAAAUUAGUUGGCACUGGCAUGACUAAGGGAGCCCUGCUCUGUCCCCUCCCCCUCCCCAGUGUUUUCCCAGGCCUUCUAGCCCCCUGGAACUCUGCCUUCUGGGAAUUUUCCAUCACUCACUGAUUCCACCAUGGGCCUUGCAAGCAAGUGCAUAUGGGCUGCUAAGCCACAAAUGUUUGUCCUUGCCUGCUUGUUCACAUGUCCUAUGUUUGGCAGAUGUGAGUAGACUGAAAAAGAGAGCUGUCUCCCAAAUGACAGAAUGGCCUUGCCUAGUAGCUACUCUUCUGUAAUAUAAGGCGAACGUUUCUUUCCAAGCCUCUCUUAAAUCACUGGAGCCAGAAGGGUGCAGUGGAUGAGUAAGACCUCGAAUCAAAUCCCUGAUUCAGCCACAAAGUUCCUUGAGGGAUCUUCAAACAGUAAUUGUAGCCCCAUCCAUCCAUUUCUGCUUGCUCUCGAUUACCUGUUGAUCUCUUCCGACAUCAUCUUCAUCAUCUUUCCUGCAAAGCCCCGUAUGUUGGAGCAUAAUGUUGAGAAAGUGUUAGUGUAGUCUAAACAAUAACUUGAAAUGAAACCUUGAAAAGUUUUGCCAUAGCAACAAAUUUUGCUCUUAGCAACAGGUUUCUUUAUAAGGCAAGCUCUGGAUGAGAAAGUGUGUGUGUGGUGUAGAGGCUGCUGCUCUGGCCAGAUGGCCAAAUGAUUAUCUGCAUAUAGUUUUAUUUUACUUUAUUAGACCAGUAGUUAUACAGUCGUACCUCAACUCCGAACGCCUUGGGAGUUGAACGUUCUGGCUCCCAAAUGACUGAAAACCGAAAGUGAGUGUUCCGGUUUUCAAAUGUUCUUUUGGAAGCCGAAUGUCCGAUGGGGCUUCUGCGGCUUCCGAUUGGCUUCAGGAGCUUCCUGCAGCCAAUCAGAAGCCGCGCUUUGGAAGUCGAACGCUUCGGAAGUGGAACAGACUUCUGGAACGGAUUCUCUUCAACCUCCAAGGUAUGACUGUACAAGUUAUAUUGGGGUUACCAGACGUCCCCGGUUCCCGGGGACAGUCCCCGGAUUUGCAAAUCUGUCCCUGGACAAAUUACAUCGCCGGAAUGUCCCCAGAUUUGCAAAUCUGUCCCCAGGAAACGUGGUAGCGGUAGCCUCAGCAGCCUGGAGCCAGCCUGGUAGCGCAGUUGGCUGUGUCUGGCUCCGGGCUGGUGACUGCCGCUGUCACCGCCACUGCCGAAGGGGAACCGAGGACAUCUGGCGGUACAGAUCCCCUGACCCCUUCCCCUUUGUUUUGACUGAUGGGGAAAGCACAGGAGUUGUGGGUGGGCAGCCAUGGCCCAGGAGGGGUGCAAGGCGCGUGGUUUCUCUGCUGGGCAACGUGCAAAGCCCUUCUUUCACACCAUGUGAAACAGAAAUGCGCAGAGUUUUUUUAAAACUGGGCAACGGUGCACCGCCCGCUCAUGACUCCCGAGCCUCCCUUGUUCUCCUGCCCCCUUCCCCCCUUUGUUUUGACAGAUCGGGGGAGGCUCGGGAACCGCGGGCGGGCAGCCAUUGCCCAGUUUUUAAAAAAACUCUGCACAUUUAUGUUUCACAGGGUGUGAAAUAAGGGCUUUGCACCUUUAUACAGUAUGCAUGUGUGCUUGGGCCCAGGGUCUUUUGUCUCAUCAUCCCCACUACUGACUCCCUGUUGCUACUGAGCUCCCCCCCCCCCCCAAAAAAGUGUCCCUGGAUUCAUUGAAAAAAAUCUGGUAACCAUAUACACUGUAGUGUUACUUUGGCAAUAAAUACUUUAAGAAGAACAAAAAUGGGUGAGGUGUUUAUUCCCACAUGGGAGUUCACCAAGAGAAGAACCGAACUGUGAAGUGGAAGAUUCUGGAAGACUUUCUGGGUGACACUGCUGACUGGAAAAGGAACCCCAAAAAUGGCAAACUGCCCUGGCAGAAAGCUCCCCAUGCAAUUAAGAAGUCUUAAGAAGAUUGGGGUUCUAGAUCACAUGAUGGGGAGACCCCAUGAGGAGGACAGCCUCUUCACUGCAGAAGUUAGUCCUCAGCAUAUUGGGGGCUGUAGGAACAGUGCCAGGGGUGAGAAGCCAAGGCCAAUGGGCUCACCCCCUUGUGUUAUGGUAAUUGGCUGGAGGAGGUGGGGAGACUGAGUGAAUAAGGCUUGUGUCUGAUUCUAAUCUUAUCUCACAGGAUUGCUCUGAAGGCAGAGGGGCAGGGAGUCCCAUGUUUGCCAGCUUAACUCUUUGGGGGAGCAGGAGAGGGGAUUGCAUUGCCUGCAGAAAACCUUGGGGAGAAAGUAAUUGUAGAAUACAAAUCUAGGAAGGAGAGGAAGGGAUGGAAUCUGUGUGAGGGUGGAGAGGAGAAGGCUAGAGCUCAUUGGAUGAGGACACACUUUGCAUGCAAAAAGCGUCUCAGGAUUAAUCUCUGGCAACUCAAGCCAAGAGUAUCUUGGGUUACUGAAAAUGUUGUUAAUUGCCUUUUUAGUAUGAUUGAAAGGCAAGAUAUAAAUACUUCCAUUGAAUAACUACAAAGCAAGUGUGGGACCGGAAGAGAUCUUUGCCUGAGACCAUGGAAAGCUGAUGCCAAUCAGACUCAAGUAGACAGGACAGGCUGGCCGAAGAAAUGGUUUGACCAGAAAUUCCUAGCUUCAAACUGCAGGGCCAACAGAUGGGCUAAAUAAAAUAUUAAAAAAUUCUGCGGCUAUCCCUGCUGAAGAGCCUUAAACCCCUGAGCUGUCGUUUCUGAGUGGUUGCUCCGGUGACUUCCCAAAAGGUGUUUCCUGACCACAUGGUGUCUUGGAUAUACAUGUGUCAGGACAGGACAGAGCAUACAUUGUGGAAUUGGCUGCUGCUUGGCUCUCUCACACCACCACAAACCUGGCUGGAAGUGCACAGAUGGGGCAAAGAGGGAGGAAGCAGGUCAGCCCUGACCAGAUUACAAAAAUAUUCAGAUACACUUGCAAUAUAUCUGUUAUGGUGUUACUGCUUCCUUUUUCUUCAAGAGAGGUCCAGCAACGUCCGGCAGCCUAGGUUCCUUCAGAGACUCAAGUAGGCCUCAGAAUUCUAGAGGAGAGCUGGGAAGGUCUCCCUCUCCUACAUGUAGUCCCAGCCUCUUCUGAUCAGCAGGAACUUAAGUUUCAAAUAUUGUUAAAAUUCUUAUACAGCCCCAAAGUUUACUUUCUCUCUCUGAUUCUCUGGAGUUCCAUAACUCACAGUUUCUGAUUGACUCCCCCCACCACCACCCUUCAGGGUCUGGAAUACUUCUCUCUUUCUUUCUUCUUCUCUCAUUUAGCUUUCCUCCCCCAGGUGGUAAAGACUUCCUGCUGCUAGCCUUUGUAGGCUGUGGAGGUUCCCAGUUAUAUUGCUGCUGGAUCUCCCUCUCGCUGUUCCUCUGAGUCUUUAUCUACUGAUAAGGAUGGGUCUGACACUCCUAUUCCCAUCCCCUAGGUCUGUGUUUAUACUUGGUCAUGAUGAGGCCACAGCAGUCUGGAGAUUGGAGUUGCUUAUCAACAGCCGCUUACACAUGGGCUUCCCUAGGCAAAGUCCAACAUCUCCAACCACUAAGGGUGGGAUUCAACUAACAGACCCUGCCAGCAGAAGCCUAUGCAAGAACUUCUGCUAUAGCAAUGGGGCUUUCCCCCCUCCCUCCCUCAAAUUAUUUUUUGGUGUGCGUUUUUAUUUUUGUAAAUCUACCAAAGAAUAAAACAAAACAAAAUUGGGAUUAAGGUGUUUUUUUCAGGAUGAUGGAGGGCAAUACAUCCAUUUGCGUAUUGGUGGGGGCACUUGCACUUCCUUUGGUAGGAAAUGCUCUAUGUGAGGGCUGGGGGAGCAGAAAAAGUGGGGGUCAGUGAGGGUCAGUUGGGGGAGAGUGAGAACUCCUGGGGCCAUGGCAGCAGAAACACAGGUGCCAAAGGGGCAGCAUACCUGCCGACAUUCCUCAGAUGAAAAUGUCCCUAUUUUCAUCUGAGGAAUGCUGGAGAGUAUGGCAUGGUGGGGGAAGAGAGCGGAUCAUUCCAUUAGGUAGGCAGAAAUACUUGUGCUGACAGAGAUCUGCUUAGUGGCAUGCUGAAUUCCUCUUUCACAUAAUUUUAGUAUCUGCAGAAGCCAUUAAACUCUAGGUCUAGUUUUGUACUACCAUUUUGAUGGGUUUCCGGCUGGGCUGCUGUCCUUGCACUGUCCUCAUCAGUCAGCAUGUUGCCUCAAGCCACCCAUGGUGAACUGGUCAGGUUGCCACUCCACCUCAGAUUCCAUUGCUGUCACGAGCGCAGAUGGUUGUUUGGUAUAUUGCCAGAUGCCCUUGGCAUCUAUGCUUGGAAUGGGUGGGGGAACCUUUGUUUGGUCUGACUGGGCCACGUGGCCAAAUUUAAAUGGGCCAGCAGGCCACACCAGAAAAAUCCCACCAGCUCAGUAAGUGUAUAUACAUACAGGAGAUAUGUGAAUUUUCUUUUAGGAAUGGUUCAGAACCACACAGCCCCAAUGUGAGGAAAGUGAUGUUCAGUCACAGAAAUGGGCUGCCGAGAUCUAUGCUGAUACCUCUUUUUCACAAUAUGAAGAUCCCACAUACAAGAAUAAGUAGCUACCUAGGAGUUGCAGGUACAUCUCGCUUCGUUACGAGAUUUCCAUCUAGUAAAAAAAUGAGAGAAAGAAGUAUGACUCAUCCUUUCUUCCCCUAAAGUCAACAAUGGGAAGACUAAUUCAGUUCAGGAGGGAAAAAAGAACAAAUGUCUUGGGACUGACUUUCAAAAGGGAUGGGUGAAGAGGAGAAGCACUGAAGAGUCUUAGGCAUGGACUGUUCAUCUUUUCUCUCUUCCUUGCAGGGAUUGA